AUAUUGGGCUUUUGUCGCUGUUAAAGGAGACCCCCUCUCAGCCGUGGAAAACACAAUCAUGUACUCAGUAACGGAAGACACCCCGGCGACAGCUGACAAGGUCUUCACGACGAAUGACGGGAUAGAGUUCAAGGUCAGCGCUGCCAGCUGGUGGGCCAACGGUGACAAGCACUUGGAGAUGUCUGUAGACGCUGUGGCACCGGAUACUGUCAUCAGCCUGACAGAUGACGUCACUUCCUGGCAACCAGGUGACGUCAUCGUGUUGGCCAGCACGGAUUACAACAUGGAGCAGGCGGAGGAGUUCCAACUGGUGAACUGUCCGGAAUGUUCCUCGAACCAAGUCAAAAUCGCAGGCAAGCCUUUGUACACCCAUUACGGGGAGAUCUCGGGCGGAGUUGACAUGCGCGGGGAGGUCGGGCUGCUGACCAGGAAUGUCGUCAUCACGUCUGAGACGGAGGACGGUUGCUAUGGAAACCACUUCUGCCAGUAUUUUGAUUACGACACAUUUGGAGGUCAUCUCAUGAUUCUGGGAGGUUUCACUGACGUACACCUGUCAGGUGUGGAGCUGACGAAGAUGGGUCAGCAGGUGAUGGGUAGGUAUCCUGUCCACUUCCACAUGGCCGGAGACGUGGACGAGGUCGGAGGCUACACCAGACCUGCCUACCUAGACGGGCUGUCCAUCCACCACUGCUUCUCCCGAUGUGUUACCAUACAUGGCACUCACGGGCUACUGGUGAAAGACACCGUGGGGUACGACACCCUCGGUCACUGUUACUUCCUGGAAGACGGCGUGGAGCAGCGGAACACCCUGGACCAUAACCUCGGGCUGGUGACGCGCCCUGGGGCCCUGCUGCCGACCGACAGGGACGCCACGAUGUGCCGAGGGAUCCGCACCGGAGUUUACGGGGACUACAUACCUCAGAAUAACGAGUGUUUGUCCGUCUCCACGUUCUGGAUCGCACAUCCCAACAACAACCUCAUCAACAAUGCUGCAGCAGGGUCCGUGCACUUCGGGAUCUGGUACCUGUUCCACCACGAGCCUACAGGAAUAUCACAGGGGGCGCUUCCACCGGGUCAGGCCGAACAUACACCGCUGGGGAAGUUCUACAACAACCGGGCGCACUCUAACUUUAACCAAGGCCUUAGGGUGGAUAACGGUGUGAAGACAACUCCGGCCUCAGCACGCAACCCUGCAGAGUUCCUGUCCAGGAGUUCGGGCAUCAAGUAUGUACUUCAUCCUUACUGUUCGUGCUAA